CAUCUGAUGCUCGCCACACACUACACUCCAGUUAGUAGUUUAGUACUUACUACUUGGUAGGAUGUAGUAGGUAAUACGUACAGUGCGUUGUUGAUGUUUAUAAACUGACCUCAAGGAGGAGAACUUGUUAGGAGGUGUCGGUGGCGCGUCACAGUCUGGUACUACGACGGUAGACGGCCAGUAUCACCAUUAACCAUUCGUCACUGACGGAGCAACAGCGACAAAGAGCGUGUCGUCGACAGAGCGUUCGUCCGCCGACGGUCGCGACUGCCUCAGUCUCUCGCGACAACCGUUGCCCACUGGUGUUUGUGCGUGUGUAGCCAUAGACAACGACAGAAAAUGGUUUCCGAUGCCAUCAGAGAACAUUGUACCGUGCUGCGACGCUGAGCGUCGUCCGGCUAUGCAUUGUCAGUUUGGAUUUGGCGGCGUUGGAUCCAUGGGGGACAACGUUAGGAAGAAGGCCACCAGCGACACGUUGCCCAAACCCGGAAAGGUCAACUCUGUGUGUAAAGAAUGGUUGGUCCACGAGGACGGCGCAUUGGCGUAUCAUUUACAAAAGUUGGAAGUCGACGAGCAUUACAGUGGCAAUCGUUCAAGAAAUGCUAUCGUUCGACAAGACUUACCUACAGCCAAAGAAGAACAGGAACGUGAGAUACGUGAAGCUGAAGAACGGUAUAAUGCAUUCAUCAAAGAACAGGAAGAAAAAGAUCUCAAAGUUGCUAUGGAAUUGGCUGAAAAAUUAACAAAAAAUAAGUAUACACAAGACAUUGGGAUUAAGACAAAUUCAGCUGGAGGUAGACCUGGGAUAUUAAAAAAACAUCGUCAACCUGAAUCUACUAAAAGUUAUACAGUUGAGUCCAAUGAAUAUACAGAGUUUGACAUUGAUGACAUUUUGCAUGACAUUGAUUAUGAAGAAGAGGUCAAUCGUCGAAUUCAAGAACAAAAGGAUGCUGAAUUGGCCAAACGAUUACAAGAACAAGAAGGACGUCCCAUGUCAAUUGAAGAUAGAGAUAGAUUAAUUGCUAUUGAAACACAAGACUGUGAAUUGGCUAAGCUUUUACAAGAAAAAGAAAAAGCACGAUUGAGGAGAGCUCGUGAAAAAGCAAAACAAAAAGCAUUACUUAAAAAGCAACAACAGUUGGAAGAAUCCCCUGAAGUUGUAGCAAGUACUCAAGAACCUCUUUCUAAUAUCGCUAUUGCUAUUGAUCCGACUUAUAAUUCAAGAAGAACUGAAUUACAAGAUAUGUCUUGUAGUAGUACUACUUCAUCAGCUCUAUCUUCAUCAUUGGAUGAUGUUCCUCCAUACAUGCCAAUUCAAGGACAACGACGUAGCAAUCAUACAGAUAAGAAAAAAAAGUCAAAGACUGAUGGUGUUGCAUCAUUUUUCAAAGUAUUUAAGUAACGUUUUGUGGAGGAAAU